GCGAGUGACGGACAGGAAGAGGACGGGGGAACGCCUGAGCCCGGGACCACUGCACGGAAACGGCCCUGGGGGCUGGGUUGCAGCCGUAUCCCGGGAUGGAGGGUGUCGGCGAAGAGGAGUAAAAAAGCCGGGGAGGCAGGCCGUGAGGUCCUCGUGGAGGCCUGCAGCCUGAUGGCAGUGGAGAACAAAGCCACACAGGAAAGAAAGGGGUCAGGUCAAGCUGAGCCCUAGGACGCUCUGUCGACUCGGAGGGAGCUGCAGACACUCUCUUGUAGUUCUGGGCUCCGGCCUCUUUUGUGUUUGGAGCAGGCCUUUUGUGAGGAGAGUUAACCAAAUUUCGGAGUUAGAGCCACAUGCCUGACACGCAAGCGCUAAGUUAGGGUUAGAGCGCCAGAAAGCUUAGGGGAGGUCUUAGGAAAUGAGUGGGUAGGGGUCUUUUCCAUUCCCUAACCGGAUUGGCUAGUUAGACGCUUGUGGAUCCAACGUUGGAUUGGGGAGGGGUCUCCAGGACGUUAGAUUUCAGUACAAGGAUUGGGGGGAUUCAAGUGCUUAGAGAUCUGAGCCAGGCCUUGGGUAGGGGGAGCCAGACAAUUGGAAAGCCUAGGUACGUUAUUUGGGGAGGGGUCUUUGCGCUUUGGCGGAGCACAAAAUUGUGUCUUUUUGGCCUAAGGCCAGGAGAGGUUUCUAUGCAAGGGGGAACCGGCUAGGCCAGACCAAGAGAAAGGGUGAAAAAUCAGGAAUAUAAGAGGGCGGGGGACCCUGAAAGGGGGGUCACAAAGGGUGAGAAAUGGCCACCAGGCGUUUAACCGACGCUUUCUUGUUGUUGCGGAAUAAUUCCAUCCAAAACCGGCAGCUGUUAGCCGAGCAAGUGAGUAGUCACACCACCUCCAGCCCUCUGCAUUCACGUAGCAUUGCUGCGGAGCUGGAUGAGCUUGCUGAUGACCGCAUGGCACUGGUGUCAGGCAUCAGCUUAGAUCCAGAAGCAGCAAUUGGUGUGACAAAGCGGUCACCUCCAAAAUGGGUGGAUGGAGUAGAUGAAAUACAGUAUGAUGUUGGCCGGAUUAAACAGAAGAUGAAAGAGUUAGCCAGCCUUCAUGACAAGCAUUUGAACAGACCUACUCUGGAUGACAGCAGCGAGGAAGAACACGCCAUCGAGAUUACCACCCAGGAGAUCACACAGCUCUUCCAUAGGUGCCAGCGUGCUGUGCAGGCCCUGCCCAGCCGGGCACGAAGGGCCUGCUCCGACCAGGAAGAGCGGCUACUGCGGAAUGUGGUGGCCUCCCUGGCACAGGCCCUGCAGGAGCUGUCCACCAGCUUCCGGCAUGCACAGUCCAGCUACCUGAAACGCAUGAAGAACCGAGAGGAAAGAUCACAGCAUUUCUUUGACACAUCAGUGCCACUAAUGGAUGAUGGAGAUGAUGCUGCUCUGUAUGGUCAGGGUUUCACAGAUGACCAACUGGUGCUGGUAGAGCAGAACACACUGAUGGUGGAGGAGAGGGAGCGAGAGAUUCGUCAGAUUGUGCAGUCCAUUUCUGACCUCAACGAGAUCUUCAGGGACUUGGGAGCCAUGAUUGUAGAGCAGGGUACAGUCCUCGACAGAAUUGACUAUAAUGUUGAGCAGUCCUGUGUCAAGACCGAGGAUGGCUUGAAACAGCUUCACAAGGCAGAGCAGCACCAAAAGAAGAAUCGGAAGAUGCUUGUGAUCUUGGUACUGGUUGUCAUCAUCGUGGUCCUCAUUGUGGUCCUCAUCGGUGUAAAGUCUCGCUAGUGGCACCAAGUUUUUGAAAGUGCUGCUGCAUGGAUUCCUUGGGUGUGAGGGCUUGGCUGGCGCCCCACUACUGCACUGCCUUCAGAGCGCAGCCCCUGGCUCAGCAGUGGGCAGUGGACCUUCGUGUGGACGCCUCCUAGCCAGUGGACUGGAGUACAGGCACUGCUGUGUGUUCCCAUCUCUGUACAGAGUUUAAGAACUUGAUGCUGUUGCUGAAGAGACUGGCCUGUGAGCAGCUGUAAUGUGACAUGUGUUAGAAGGUGAAAGGAGUGGAAAGUUUACAGGCAUUGCUGAAGCUUCCGCAUGAUAUGUGCGCACUCAUUUUUAGCACUCAUAUCUGAGCAGCAUGUUAAAUAAUUUUUGGGAAAAUUUUUUUUAACCAUUUGGUUUUUAAGAAGUUUGGUACCAAAAAUUUAUGAGUAGAGGCAAAUGCCUCUUCAUCUUCCCAGCUGAAAACAAACCAAGAAGUCCUUCAAGGAUUUAUAAUCCGUUCCCAUUAAGUUAAUUUAGCUUUCCAUCACUGUUAACGAUCAGAGUAACAAAGUGUGAAAAAUAAGAAACCAUCAUUGAUGUUAAUUAACACAUUUAGACGGGCCAGUUAAACUAGCUUCAUGCGUUUAAAUCAAUUGUAAAUAACGUAUUCCUCAUUCAGAAUUUUGCACUGCAUUUUCUACUGUAAACUGAGAGGGGUUACUAAGCAAAACCUCCUGAAUCAGAAAGUUGGUCAUUUGAACCAACCUCACAUUACAAGAAAGCUUGACAGUGUCAUGAACUAGAUUGAGCUAGUGUGUCCCCAGCCAUUCUUACUCAGUCCAUUACUUACAUUCUAGCUAUGUAAUGACCUGUCCAAACCUGACUCCAUUUAAUGAACUGUGAAUUUACACAGAGGCCAUUUUAAAUGGGUCACCCCAUUUAAGAUUAGUGGAUCUCAAAUUAUUAACCAAACAUCACUCCAUUUCAAAGUAAAAUAUUCUCAUGAUUUGAUUUAUCGACUUUUCCGCUGCCACUUAGCAAUGCCCAGAAAGCAGGUAUAUUCCUGAGGACAGUGAGAACCUCAACUAGGGAAAUCCUGUGUGUAUGCAUGCUUUGUGUGUCUGUGUGUGCCCGCGAAAAAUGCCUGUCUUUGAAAGUAUAUGUUCAUAUCACAUGCAUAUCAGAUCGCCAAAGUAGGGUUCUGUUUUCCUACCUGUUUACUUUAUGGUGCUUGUGUGCUCUGCAGAACUAGAGUAAUAUGGACUGUGAUGGAGCUUUGAAGAUGAGAGUGUGAGUGUCUCAUUGGCUCUGUUAUCAUCAACAGUGCUGUAAUUUUAGUGGUCUCUGUGUAACUUUUGAUGGCUUUUUAAAAUUGUCUCUGCUUCCCUUAAAUUAUUUAAGAGGAUGGGCCUGUUAAGUAUGUUACAUUUUUAUUUGGACCAGGCAUAUGAAAUGCCUCUCUAGAAUUCACUGAAGGGUAUCUUGAAACCCCAGCUCAUAUCUGGAAAUGGAGUCAUAAAGACCCAUCACGAGCUCAGCUGCCCUUCCUGGGCUGUGGAAUGGUGGGAUUCAGAGGUUUACGGGAUUCUUUGGCAACAUUAGUACAGGUGGUUGGGAAAGAGGAGUCAGCACUUCAGAAUUGAAGGAAGGGUUUACAGCCUCCUCUUCUAUCCUGAGGUUAGGUAAGCCGCUCCUGGGUAGGCUGCUCAAAUCGGAGGUCCUGCUUCAAGCAGUCUAUGGAGGCCAUGCUGAAUAAUUGUGAACACCUUGAAGAAAAGUGACCUUUUAAGAAAGGAUCACUAUUUAUUUUUAUUUAUUUCCCUGAAUAGGAUUUUUGGGUUGGUUUUCCCCCAACCCACUUGGGUAACCUAACAAUUGUGGUUAGGAAUUGUCCCAAGGACCUGUGGGGAGAGGGACUUUUUCCUUCUGCCUGAAGGCAGUGUGUUGCUGGUCUGAGCUCAGCUACUCUUGAUGGUCAUCUUGAGGGGCCAUGGGCAGGUUGGCCUAUAGCUGGUUCCAGAGCCUUGAACACUAGCUCUUUGGAGUCCCCACUGCCCUUUUCUGUUGAGCCUGUCCCGGGGGGAAGGGGAAAUAGAAGAUCUGAAGCCUUUGAGGGCAAAAGAGAAGUUAGUACCCAUGUCCUGGUAGGUACCUCAGGGUAAUUUCUUUUGGAAAAGGACUCUUCUACCUGCUGACAGCCACUGUCUGUGCACUCAUCGUGCCCUUCAGUCUGGCCUUGGAGGUGACAAUCAUGCAGGCUAGUCUCUCCCGAUACCGGGGAAGUGCCCUGGGGAAGAAGCCCAGCCCCUGGACACUAAUUCCCUCUCCUGUUCUGGUGGCUCUUGUAGAGUGGGAUGGAAGGGGAGAGGAGGAAGUGUUGGUCCUUCAGGGCUCCUAGCUGAACAUUGCUGUCUGUCAUUCUGUUUGUUGAGGGUGGGGAGCAUUGGGGUACUGGCUGGGCCACUGUGUGAAGCAGUGUGUGUCUAAGUUAACGGAUGUACCACUUUCUCUGCUAAUUGAGAGAGCAUUAUUUAUUUGUUUUGACACAAGUGCUUGCAGUGUUUCAUCCCAGCUAAUGGCUUCUUAAAGGUAAUAAAACCCUUCAACCUAAUUGGUCAGAUAAGACUUUUUCCUUGUAUGCUUAAAUAAAGCAAUUAGUGAAGCA